GCUCGGUUGGCAAUGCAGACAAGCGACGUCAUGCAUGUCUGUCGUGACGGCAAGAAUGCAAAUUCAGUAUGGUUCGGUACUUUCUGCACUUUCUGCAUUUUCAGCAAGCGAGUGAUCCCUCCAAGUGGAACGAGACCAGAAAAGAGAUCCCCUCCCGCGGCCGAGAAUUCUGGUGAUAGUGCGGUGGACCUGCAAUGUCACGGGCCCAAUCGCAAUCGAACCAGAGCCUGGCCAGAUGGCUGCUUCGAGUCGAGGAACUGACCCAGGACUGAGAUGGCAAUCAUGGCAUACACAGUCUGGCUCUCGUGUGAGGUUAUUGCUAAUCGCCCCCCUCCCAUGACCGAUAGAGCCUGGUUUGUCCUCACUAUCGUCGUGGUCUCGUCAUCUGCACGUCAAACUCAAGUUGCAACUACCACAAGUUGCAACUACCACCUGCCCACUGGAUUCCCCCAUCGUAACUUUAAGCCCAAUCCCUUCCUGCUGGUAGUUGUCCCUUGACGAGGACCCUCUGGUACCUGGGAAGUGUCAGAGAGAAGGAGAGGAGAGAAUCGAUGGCUCACACCGGUUCGUUCAUAACAAGCGGUCGAGUGCCG